AUGUCGACGGCAUCCCGAUCCUCCUACCAUCCCAGCCGCCGGGUCGGCAGCGUGCAGAGCGUGCAGAAUGAAGACCGACCGAAUCGCACACUAUCAAAAGCUGCCCGCGCUGUGGCAAGCGUCAGCUACGACGAUGCAUACUCUUUCGCCCUCCGCGUCGCAUUUCUCCGCUACCUUCUCCAGCCCAGAAAAAAAAGAAAGGAGUAUGUCAGCGCUCCCAAGCCGCUUCCGCGUGUCCACACCUCGAGCGUAGCCGAGCUCGUCAAGGAACUCGUACCUUCAGGUUCGGCCUCGAUGAAGCUGCCUUCUGGUUUUCGCCACUCCCUCGAAAAGCGCAUGUCCGGUGUCCUCCAGGGCAUCGAGAGACUGCCUGGAUUUAGCGAUGCUGCCGUGAAGCGGACAUUUGCCGAGGCCUACACUGCGUUUACCGCCAAAGACUUCCAGAAGUCAAUCGACAAGGACCGCAAGGUCGAGCCCCUAGUUCUGAUCUUUUACUCGGCGGCCUCAAAAGCGCAGGGCCGAGGAAAGCCGGCCGAGGAUCACUCGUGGAAGGUGCUUGUUGAUAGGCACUUGGCUAUGUUUAUCCGGCUUCUCAGUAGCAUCCUCAGAGACAAGGGCGAUAUCGAGCUCGUGUCCCGCCUCAACACACUGGAGAAGAAGCUCAUGAGCAAUGACCAGAACCUCUAUCUCGACACAGGCCAGCAGGACCAUUCCUAUGUCGAAGUGGACAUACCCCUGAGCUACGAGGUCAAGGACAUGCACAUGGUGCAGCUCGUUGCCAAAAUCUUUGGCGUGACCAAUUCUCAAGUGCAGGCCGACAUCGACCGGAACACAUCCGCUUGGACCGAGGAAGCGGCGCUCAAAGAUUACAAGUCGUACCAGUUCAGGCUCUCUGCCGGCAUGGCUGGGACCCUGCGAAAGCAGGACUUUGAUGUGGACGAAGCAUACGAAGACUGGAGGCGGGGAGAGGCCCCCCACUUGGCAAAGAUCUUUGCUGAAAUACUGAUUGCUCGCCCUGACCUGAAGGGGGGAUCUGGUGGAGGGAUCGACAAGCCGCUCCCCGUUCGCCAUUCCAUGUAUGAGGACCAGGCGUAUGCGGACCUGAGCCGGAUGCUCUCGAACCCAGAAUCCCCCGCGCCUAGCCUCGACCCCUCGUUCGGCUUUGGGUCGCUCACUUCUGAAGAGACAUCUAGCAUCCGGGCAGCCGACGGGCCAAGCUACACCUUUAUCCCCCCAGACCCCCGCUCCGUCUACAAGGUUAUCCUACAGUACGUUGUGUCGUACGAUCAGCUUCACUCGGAUACCUCUGUCUCGCCUCUGUCCGAAGAGACGUCGGAUUUCUUAAUAGAACUCGCCGUGCGCUGGCGGAUACCGCAGUUCUCCCGGUAUGUUGCCUUCGUCGAGGUCACGACUCGCAAGUUUCUCGACCAAGAGCUGCCUCCGGAGCAGUUGUACGAAUGUCUAGAUCUCGUGAAGCAGCCUCUAGAGGAGCCCAAGAAGCCGAUCCUCAUCCAAGGGUACACGUCCAGCCUCAGUGACAUUGGACCCAGCACAUGGACAAUAGUUGAUUUCGCAGGUUACCAGCAGUCGUUGAAGGACCUCCAUGAUGCCCUGCUGCGGGAUCUCUAUACUCUCCUCAUGCGAUGUUACGAAGCAAAGCCGCCCACCGUCGGUGUUGUAAUGGCGUUGCUCAACACCCACGUCUACCCCGAUCCCGCGUUCUCGCAACGACCUGAAGACGCAGCCGAGUUCUCUCAGCGACUUGACAGCGGCCUCCGUCAACAGGCCGCCCAGUCGUACAGAGAUGCCUUGGACAAACACAUCCCGCGUAGCCAGAAAGAGUGGGAUUUCGGGCACGUAGUCAACUUGGGUAAAGCCGUUACCGAGCUCGCCGAGAAGAUCAAGAAGCGGUACCGCAAGAACCCCGAGAUCAUGGGCGUAAGUCCGUUCAGGGCACUGGUUGAAACGACGCUCCCCAGUUUUGAAGAGGAUAGUCAUGAGAUCAUCAAGCGCGUGCUGCAAAUUUCCAAAGAAAGCGGUAUCGAGAUUGACAUCCAGGACGGGUUUGACCUAUACCGGGAACUUGUCGACAUUAAAAAGAUGCAUGUGGAGGCGCUCCCGGGAAAGCCCUUCGGAUUCCACAUCGAAGGCCUCCUAGAGAGCUUUGUAUGGCGGUGGAUCAAGAACGCCGACGACAGAAUGCCGGGGUUUAUCGAGGAGGCAAUCAAGCAGGACGCGUUCAAGGUACGGACUCGCCACGAAGGAGACAUACCGACCGACGAUGAGCGUCACAGCGUUUCCAUCAUCGACAUAUUCACGCUGUUCAGCCAGACAGUCGACCAACUGCUCCAGCUCGAGUGGAACGAUGAAGUCCAGCUAGCGCGUUUCACGACUGCUCUCGCCAAAUCGUUUGCCGGGGCCAUCGGGACGUACUGCGACGUUGCGUACCACCAAUUCAAACACGAGAUGGAUCGGGAGGCCGAACAGCAGCAGAUGGCCGCGGCGCAAAAAGGAACGGGGAAAUGGUUCCAGUACGCGAAGGACACAAUCAACCCUGAAAAAAGGAUUGAGCCAUUCCAAUUUUAUCCCCAGUCGUUUGUCAAGUUCAAUAACAUUGAGUGGGCUAUGCAGGUUUUGGACAAGCUGGGGGAGCGCAUGAAUGUGGACGCUUGCGCCGAGAUUCUCAACCGAGUUGACGCCCCGAAACAAUCUGCGAGGAGGAAGACGACGAAAUAUGUGUUCACGGUUAAGAUCGUGGAAGGUGAGGACCUGAAGGCCUGUGACGCGAACGGGUACAGUGACCCUUACGUUGUCCUGUGCGACGAGUACCAAAAACGCCUUCACCGGACGAGAGUCAUCAACCGGAACCUCAACCCGCGCUGGGACGAGGCGUUCGAUAUCACGGUAGAUGGACCGUUGAACUUGAUUGCGACCAUUUGGGAUUAUGACAUGAUCGGAGACCAUGAUUUCGUCGGCCGCACAUCACUAAAGCUCGACCCGGUGCAUUUUGGCGACUAUCUUCCGCGGGAGUUCUGGCUAGAUCUGGAUACUCAAGGGAGAAUCUUGAUCAGGGCCUCGAUGGAGGGCGAACGUGACGAUAUUCAGUUCCAUUUUGCCAAGGCUUUCCGACAUCUCAAGAGAACGGAGCGGGACAUGGUGCGCGCCGUCACCAGCAAGCUAUCCAUGCACAUUAACUUGUUACUGUCUCGUGACUCUCUGCGUGGCCUGCUGAGCAAGGGUAUCACCGCCUCCAUGGCCAAUCUCUGGAAGAAGAGGCAAUCCCAGGCGCCAAGCAUCACACCUCAAGAGGUGGAGGAGGCGCUCCGGCCCCUAUUCACCUACUUCGACGAGAACUUUGCCAUCAUGAAGCAGACCCUCACAGACGCAACCAUGAUGGCGGUCAUGACGCGCCUGUGGAAAGAAGUGCUCCUUGCCAUCGAGAACCUGCUCGUCCCACCCCUGUCGGACAAGCCGUCCCUCCAGAAGCCGCUCACGCAAGCCGAGUUGGACGUCACCUACCGCUGGCUGGAGCUACUGUAUGACUUCUUCAACGCGAAAGAUCACGAGUCGGGCGAAGUCCUCGGAAUCCCUGUCGACAUCCUCAAGUCGCCUAAGUGGCACGAGUUGGUGUCGCUCAACUUCUUCUACUUCGACACCAGCGAGAACCUGAUCCGCACCUCGGAGCGUAUGGCCGCCGCCAACGCGCAGCGCGCGCAGCAGCAGGCACAGCAAGCGCAGCAGCAAGCACACAACCACCACACCAACAACAGCAACCGGCUCUCGAUGUCCUCGUCCAACAUGCUCGGGGUCCCGUCGAUGGGCGGGGCGUCGGGGAUCGGCAACGUGCCCUUCGGCAGCCUGGGCACGAUCCGGCGCGGCAAGAGCAUCAUGAUGAGCCGCAACCUGGGCACGAUGCGCAAAGCCAAGGAGGAGAAACGCAAGGAGGCCCAGGCCGACCCCAGCGACGACAUGAUUCUGCGCAUCCUGCGCAUGCGGCCCGAGGCCGCCCACUACCUCAAGGAGAGGCAGCGCCAGAAGGAGCGCAUGACGGCCUCCCGCGCCGCCGCCAUGAUCCUGCGCCAGAGCGUCAGUCAGGGGCUGGCGGGCGGGGGCCCUGCGUUUGGGGGCGCGCUGUAUGGGAGGAACAGUCUGCCGAGUAGGUGA